CUCCCGGCUCCACGUAAUGUCUGCUAUAGGUACGACAAGUUUUGACGCCAUGGCGCUCGCCGUUGUCGCGGCCGCGCUUUUCGUGGUGGGCGUCGCGUGCUGGCUGGCGACGUCCGGCCGGCUGCGACCGCGGGACUCGCCCCCCGUCGUGCGCGAGGGCAAGCCGAUCGUGGGCAACCUCCUCGGCUUUGCGCUGGGCAAGCGCGGGCCGCUCGACUUCAUCGAGCGGAACUACCACCGCUACGGCGGCGCGCGCCCGCGCGAGUGAUCGCGUCGCGCGCGCCGCCGCGACGGUGCGUCGCCCCGGCGCAGGCGCGUUCUCGAUGCCGCUGGGUCCCAAAUGCCUGACGUUCGUCGUGGGGCCCAAGACCGUCGCGCCGUUCUUCCGGAACCGCGACGACGUGUUCAGCCAGCCCGAGGUCUACGGCUUCAUGACGCAGGUCUUCGGAAAAGGCGUGGUCUACGACGCGACGCCGCCGAAGCGCAAGGCGCAGAACGUGAACAUGAGCCGCGGCCUGCGCGCGGACCGGCUGAAGUCGUACGUGCCCAAGAUUCUGCGGGAGACGGAGGCCUACUUCGCCGAGAAGUGGGGCGAGAGCGGCACGGCCGAUCUCCUCGUGACGCUGUCGGAGCUGACGAUCCUCACGGCCUCGCGGUGCCUCCACGGCGACGACGUGCGCGAGAAUCUCUUCGCCCAGGUCAGCGAGAUCUACCACGACCUCGACAAGGGCAUCACGCCGCUCUCGUUCUUCUGGCCGACGGCGCCCGUCGAGGGCCACCGGAAGCGCGACGCCGCGCGGCUGAAGAUGGUGGAGCUCUUCGGCGACGUGAUCAAGGCGCGCCGGCGGCAGACGCCGGAGCAGGCCGCGGCGCGCACCGACAUCCUGCAGGUCUUCGUCGACAUGGUCUACAAGGACGGCACCAAGGCGACCGACGACGAGAUCACGGGGCUGCUCAUCGCCCUGCUCUUCGCCGGCCAGCACACGUCGAGCGUGACGUCGACGUGGACGCAGCUCUACAUCCUCGCCGACGACAAGCUGGCCGCGCGCGUGCGCGCCGAGCAGGCCGACGUCGUCGGCGGCGCCGCCGCGCCGCUCGUCUUCGACGACCUCAACAAGAUGGCGCUGCUCCACAACUGCAUGAAGGAGGCCCUCCGCAUGCACCCGCCGCUCAUCAUGCUCAUGCGAAAGGCCAUGCGGGCCGUGCCCAUCGAGACGGACGCGGGCGCGCGGUACGUCAUCCCCAAGGGCGACGUCGUCUUCGCGGCGCCCGCGAUCCAGGGCCGCCUGGCGACGUGCUGGACGGCCCCGGACGCGUUCGACCCCGACCGCUACGCGCCCGGCCGCGAGGAGCACGCGAUGCCCUUCGCGCACAUCGGCUUCGGCGGCGGCAUCCACCAGUGCAUGGGGCAGCAGUUCGGCUACUGCCAGGUCAAGACCAUCCUCUCGUGGCUGAACCGCAACUACGACAUGGAGAUCGUCUCGGAGUUCCCCGAGCCCGACUACACCGCCAUGGUCGUCGGGCCCAAGGGCAAGCCCAUGGUGAGGUACGUCCGCAAGGCCGCCGCCGCGGCGGCGGCGGCGGAGUAAAAAAAAUGCGCCGCAUUUUCCUAAAAACAAAUACUAGUA